AUGAUUGCAGCGUCCGAGUCGCGGCUCUACACCUUCUCAACGGAGACGAAGACGAAGCUACGCAAGUUCAGGCUAGGCACAUCGCGCGCCAAAGAUCCCCAGGCUGUCAUCUACGAGAUCGAUAAGAAGACACUGGAGAUCAAACCUGUCGACGAUGAGAUAUACUCAGACGUCGCAUCUGUGGCAGACGAGCUCCCUGACCAUGCACCAAGAUUUGUGUUGCUCAGUUAUCCUCUUACACUCGACUCUGGUCGCUUAUCCGUACCCUACGUCAUGCUGUACUACCUGCCGAUCACAUGCAAUAGCGAGGUCAAGAUGCUAUACGCCGGUGCCAAGGAAUUGAUGAGGAACACAGCAGAGGUCAACAAAAUCAUCGAGAUUGACAGCGCUGAAGACCUGGACGAUAUCGAGGACAAGCUGAAGGAGUCAUAGAUUGGCAAAGGCCAACGAUACUCGACGAGAAACGAGACAAACGGCAAUGAGCAAAAAGUGCAGAGACGGCAGUCAUCCAGCAAGAUUGCGUUGCACACAACUUGAGGAACCUCUGAUAGACAUGAACGUGCAGACGAGCAUCAUACGCAACAUAGUGCAUUGUUAGCGAACACGUGAAGCUUUCCAACGUCUUUGUCGAUAACCAUGCCGCCGGCUCUUCAGCUGCGCGUGCAAGCUUCGACCGUUUUCGAUCGUCGCCGCCACACGAAAGCUAAUCUUAUUCACUAACAUGAGAGACGAUCAACGACCACUCCAAAAGCAUGCAGCAUCUCAUCUCAUCUCACUCAACGAACAACGUGCUGCUCAUCACCGCGGAGCCACUGUUCAUCUCGUUUGUCAGACCAGAGAUCCCAUGUUCUGGAUAACG